CGAUCUAGGAAAGCCAAGAGCCCAAAAUCUUUCUUAUAAACAAUUCGGACCUCAGCCUAGCAUCUGAAAUAAAUUGAAUGUUUAAUUUUAUAAAACAAACACCAUGCCUGGAAUUGGAAUCAACGGUUUUGGGCGCAUUGGCAGGAUGUUUGUCCGCCAGGCUCUAGUGCGUUCCGAUGUCAAGAUCGUGGCCAUCAACGAUCCAGGGUUGAAUCCCAAGUAUCUGGCCUACAUGCUACGCUAUGACUCCACCCACGGCAUAUUCGACUUCAAGAUGUCGGUAGAGGGCAAUUUCCUGGAGGUGUGCGGCGCAAAGAUUCAAUUACUGGCGGAGAGUGAUAUCAAGAAGAUCAAGUGGUGUGACAUGGGCGUUCACACGGUGGUGGAAUGCUCCGGUCGUUACACAACCCUAAAGGAUGCCCAGGCUCACCUGGACAGCGGUGCGAAAAAGGUGGUAAUUUCAGCGCCAUCCGCAGAUGCUCCAAUGUUUGUUUGCGGAGUGAAUCUAGAUAGUUACAAGCCGGAUAUGAAGAUCAUAUCAAACGCCUCCUGUACGACCAACUGCCUGGCUCCGCUGGCCAAGGUGGUGCACGACAAUUUUGAGAUUAGUGAGGGCCUAAUGACCACCGUGCAUGCAGCCACCGCCACCCAGAAGAUCGUCGAUGGGCCGAGCAUGAAGCUGUGGCGAGAUGGACGCAGUGGCAUGUGCAACAUCAUACCAGCUGCCACGGGAGCAGCCAAGGCAGUGGGCAAGGUGAUCCCGUCGCUGAACGGCAAGAUCACGGGCAUGGCAUUCCGUGUGCCGGUGCCCAAUGUCUCGGUGGUGGAUCUCACCUGUCGCCUGACGAAGCCCGCCAAAAUGGAUGACAUCAAGAAAGCCAUUAAGGAAGCCUCUGAGGGUGAUAUGAAGGGCAUUUUGGGUUAUGUAGAUGAGGAGGUCGUGUCCACCGAUUUUAAUGGUUCCCGGUUCGCCUCUGUAUUCGAUGCCAAGGCCUGUAUCGCUCUGAAUGAUAACUUCGUGAAGCUGAUCAGUUGGUAUGACAAUGAGACGGGCUACGCAUGCCGUCUCCUGGAUUUGGUUCUCUUCUCACAAUUGGUGGACAACUGUGCCAAGAAGGAUAAUGAGAAGAAACAGUGCACAGAGGAGAAGAAAGAUGAUUCUUGUGCCAAGAAGGAUGAUCCUUGUGCUAAGAAGGAAGAUCCUUGCAAGAAAAAGUAAAAAGACCAAAGAACAUACCCUCGCUCAUGCCUUCGAAAAGCAAACAAAUUUUUUUUUAACAUUGAAACGGGAAAAAAUGUUAAAUUUUUCUUAAAUGAAUAUUUUUUAUUUAGUAAAUUAACAGUCUAAGGAAAUUUCGUAUUAGUUAGAAUAAAUAUAUGACUGCAUCCUCGGUUCCUUGGAAA